AUCAUCAUCACUUCACCUCAGGUGGUGGUGUAAGAAGUUAUAAAAGGGAUGUGACAGAAGAAAGGAAGUGGCAGAUUCAUCUGAGCCAGUGUGUCUGUGGCUGCAGCCAUGACACAACCGUGGAUUAUUCUGCUUUUUGGCCUGGGGUUGAUGGCGGCAAAGCUGACGGGUGAAACCGACACUGAUGUUGAUGAGGGCCACGACUGGGACAUCACUGACAUCAAUGAAGCGGCUGGCCUGGACCUUUUUGAGGGAGACAUUGAAGAGGGUGUGUUGAGAAACACUAGAAUAGGAGACAAAUAUCGCUGGCCUAAAAGCGUCCCCUACUACCUGGAGGACAGCCUGGAAAUCAACGCAAAGGGAGUGAUCCUGAAGGCAUUUGAGCAGUACAGACUUAAGACUUGCAUUGACUUCACACCGCGGAAGGGAAAGGGGAACUACAUCUCUGUGUACAAAGGCCCGGGAUGCUUUUCUAGUGUUGGCAACCAGCGCUGGGGGUCUCAGAGACUCUCUAUUGGUGAACACUGUGAUUCAGUAGCAACUGUUGAGCAUGAGUUCCUACAUGCUCUUGGUUUCUGGCACGAACAGUCCAGAUCUGACCGUGACGACUAUGUUGACAUCAUAUGGAGUAACAUUAAACCUAACAAAGGCAACAACUUCGCCAAACAUGAUGACACUGAGUCCAGUGCUCUGGGCGUUCCCUAUGAUUACAUGUCUGUGAUGCACUAUGGUAAGAUGUACUUCACCACAGGGUCUGGUCCCACCAUUGUCACCAAGGAUCCCCACUUCUCUGAUGUGAUUGGUCAGAGGAUAGGGUUCAGCGCCAGUGAUCUUACUAAACUCAACCGCCUCUACAACUGCACCACAUCUGUGACUUUUGUGGACAGCUGUGACUUUGAGGAUGAAACCAUCUGUGGGAUGAUCCAGGGUCCUGGAAAUAAAAAGUGGAAACGAUGUAAUUCUGUUAGAGGAGAACCCCAGACUGACUUCACCAACAUGAGAAAAUACAAAGGACCACUGCGCAAGAUUUUUCAUAGAGGUUUAAAAAGUGAUGCUGAAAUUGAACGUUUUCAUGGGAGUGGUUACUUCAUGCACUUCAGCACUGCCUCCGCUAACCCCGGAGACCGUGCAUCUCUGCAGAGUCGAAUGCUUUACCCCAAACCUGGAGCCCAGUGUCUGCAGUUCUUCCUGUUCAACACAGGGGCGGCUGAUGACGUUCUCAAUGUCUGGGUGAAAGAGUAUGAUGAGACCAACCCCAGUGGUAAACUCCAACUGUACAAGAGUAUUUCAGGAGGCGACACAGGCGUCUGGAAUCUGCAUCAUGUUAAUAUUUAUGUGGCAAAGGAGGCUCAUGUCAUUUUUGAGGGGGUAAGAGGGAAACAGCCAUCAUCAGGGGGGUUCUCUUUGGAUGACAUCAACCUGUCAUCCACCAAGUGUCCUCACCACAUCUGGCCCGUCCGCAAAAUCACCAAGAGUCAACUGGGAGAAGCCAUGUUCAGCCCUCGCUUCCUGUCUCCGACAGGUUACUCCUUCCAGAUCCAAUUGAAACCAAAUGCAGAGACCAUUCCACCUGGGUACAUGGUUGUCUACUUUCACUUGACCUCUGGACCCAACGACAGGAACCUCAAGUGGCCGUGUCCAUGGCACCAGGUGACCAUGGUUCUGAUGGACCAGCAGUCUGACAUCAGAGAGCAAAUGAACAUGCACCUUAUGCUCACCACAGACCCCAAAAAGAUGUCAUCUGAUGGUACUGAAUUCUUCUGGGAUAAUCCUCGCAAGGUUGGCUCCAAAGAGACCGCCCCUGAUGGCAGCUCCUUCUACCGUGGUCCAGGUCAGGCAUUAUUCAUUGAGCGGGCCCGCCUGAAGGGCAGAAACUUCAUUAAAGGGGACGAUGCCUUCUUCCUUUUCAGUGUGGAAGAUAUUUCUCAUCUCCUGCUCCCUCAGCCUCUUCCCCAGUUUGGAGUUCAUGCUGAUGCCAAAGCUGCAGACUAAGAGUUUCCUCCACACGACUCUACUAAAACCCCCACAGUGGUGAUUGUUUUCAUGGUGUCUGUAGGUGUAGCCAUAAUGCUGAUUUCAGUGCUGAUUUCAGGAAACAUGUGGAUGAUGAGGAAGAGGGAGAAGAAUCAACUGGAGAAUGAUGAAGAAUUGAUCAUACAGGACAAACCUAGAUUCAUAAGAGUGUGAGUAAAGAAAAUAAAGUCAGAGCUAAUUCAUAUCAUUACAGUUCAUAUCAACCAUAACUGACUGUCUAAUACAUCUAGACCUGGGGUGCCAAACAUGCGGCCUGCGGGCCAAAACCAGCCCACCAAAAAGUUUAAAUCUGUCCCACAGGAUGAAUUUGCAAAGUGCAUAAAUUACACUGAAAAUAUUAACAGUUAAAUAUAUUGAACUGGUUUUAGUUCAAGUUCCAUAUACAGAUCAAUGUGAGCUCAAGUAAAAUCAUAAUAACCUAUAAAUAGGUUCGUAUGAUUCAUUAUAAAUAAUGAUUCUCCUUGGUUUAAUGUGAAAAAAAUUACACUAUGAAAAUGUUUACAUUUACAAAUUAUUCUUUCACAAUAGAUGUGAAUAACCUGAACAAAUAUGAACCACCUGGAAUGUCUAAAGACA